AUGGCACAGCUGUUGGACGGGGCCGGCAAACUGGGCUGGAUUCUCCUCAAGUCUGUGCUCCGCUUCGUGUUUAUGUUCUUCAACAACUGUGUGGCCAUCCCGUCCUACUGCCUCUACCUGCUGCUGCUCCAGCCCCUGAGAGUAUGGGACAGCUCCGCUUUCUGGCACAUCGAGGGAGUCAUGUUCAAAUGGCUGCUGGCCAUGGUGUCUUCGUGGGGCUGGAUAGCAGGUUACACAGGUGAGAUGCUCUCCGCCGUUCACUCGCGCUGCUUUGGGUCCUGCCCCUGCGUGCAGAGGAGUAUUUGCAUGUUGGAGUCGGUGGCGAAGGACUACUGA